AUGCCCGGAAUUGCUUUCGGAAGGGUCGAUGACUCAUUCAGCCUUGCUUCGGUGAAGGCUUACAUUGCCGAGUUCAUCUCCACGUUGCUUUUUGUCUUCGCCGGCGUUGGCUCCGCCAUUGCCUUCAACAAGUUGACCUCCGACGGGGAUCUUAACCCGCCGGGGCUGGUGGCCAUAGCCGUUUGCCACGCUUUUGCUCUGUUCGUGGCGGUUUCCGUUGGGGCCAACAUCUCCGGCGGCCACGUCAACCCGGCCGUCACUUUCGGGCUGGCGGUGGGCGGCCAAAUCACCAUCCUCACCGGAAUAUUCUACUGGAUAGCCCAGCUUCUUGGCGCUGUCGUCGGAAGUUUCUUGCUCAAAUUCGUUACCGGAGGAUUGGCAAUUCCGACCCACGGCGUUGGUGCCGGCGUCGGCGCCGUCGAAGGAGUUGUGAUGGAGAUCAUAAUCACAUUCGCAUUGGUCUACACCGUGUACGCCACCGCAGCAGAUCCCAAGAAGGGCUCAUUAGGCAUAAUCGCGCCCAUCGCCAUUGGGUUCAUUGUGGGCGCCAACAUCUUGGCUGCAGGCCCAUUCUCAGGUGGAUCAAUGAAUCCAGCCCGCUCUUUCGGCCCAGCUGUUGCCAGCGGUGACUUCUCGGGCCACUGGAUCUACUGGAUUGGGCCGCUCAUUGGUGGUGGGCUGGCUGGGCUCAUUUAUAGCAACGUUUUCAUGCAGCACGAGCACCAACCGCUGGCCAGCGAGUUUUAA